AGAUUGUCCAAUCAACAAACCGUCACUAGAGUCCUGAAGAUUUCGUAACUCUCGAGAUGACGUAAAAACUAAAUGAUGGCAAUUUAAUCAUCAAAGGGUGAAGUUAACCAAGCAUUCCCUUGUCUUCUUUCAUAAAUCUGAAAAUGGACCAACUCACGCGACGGAUCAAAGGCGGGUUCGCUUCAUUAGGGAAGCUUAGAGGCCAAGAACAGGACCGAGUGCCGCGCGUCCUAGUCAAAUGUUUCCGCCGCAACACCAAGCCGUUCCAUCUUUACACGGUAUUUAAUAACUUCGGCACCAUCACCUACUUAGCUGUCAAGAAGCAACAGGCUGUCGUCGAAUUCAGCAACUGGGCAGCCGUUGACGACAUUCUGAAAUGCAAACUGCUGAAGGUGCAGAGAUCACGAGUCCACUGCGAAUCUUUGCGUAAGUUCAUCCACCUCGAGCCGAACCAGUUCCAGGCGAAUCUACACAACGAGCUGACGCAGCUCGACACCGAAGACUCGUUCAAGGAGUACGUGACCGCUUUGUGCAAGGAGGCUAUGGAUAUGAGCGCCGAAGACUGCGAGGCCGUGUGCCGCCGACUGGAGGAGAUCACGCGGCCCGUCCACCCUCACUGCAAAGCGUUUCCCUUCGGCUCCCGCCUGGCCAACCUCGGUUUCCCCGGCUGCGACCUCGACCUGUUUCUGGACUGCGGGAACAUGUUCAACGGCGAGUACGGCCAGACGCCCAUCCAGCAGCGCAUCUUGGCGGAGGCGGUGCUGAAACGGCUGCUGCAGAGCGAGGACUUCGCGCGCAUCCACUCCGUGCUGCACGCCCGCGUGCCCGUGCUCAAGUUCUUGCACGUGCCCACGGGCACGCGCGGCGACGUGGCUUUCCGCAACGGGCUGGGCGUCCAGAACUCCCGGCUGCUGUGCUUCCUGCAGACGCUGGACGACCGCGUGAGGCCGCUGCUGCUCUUCUUGAAGAGGUGGGCGCGUCUGCAGAGCCUGAGCCUGCUCACUGAGAAUUACCGCCUCACCAGCUACGCGCUGGCCACGCUGGUCGUCUUCUUCCUGCAGCAGCUGCCCGAGCCCGUCCUGCCCCCGAUCCGCGACUUGAUGGAUCUGCACGCCGGCUACCAGCGGGUGAUCGCCGGCUGGCCCUGCAGCUUCACUCGCGACCCGGGGGCGGUGCCCAAGACCCGCAACACCAUGUCGGUCAUGGAUUUGGCCCUGGGAUUUUUGCAGUUCUACCAGUUCUACGAAUACCGUUGGUUUAUUAUCUGCCCGUAUUUGGGGCGAUCCAUCGGCAGGAAGGAGCUGGAUAACAUUGUCCAUCCGGAAGGAGAAGGAGAUGAUCUUGCUUUGGAAUUUUCAGUCUACGUCGACAACGUUAGGAACGGGAAUAGUGAAAUAUUUCCGUCUCACACUCCAGUUUGUAUUCAAGAUCCGUUUGAACAUUCUCAGAAUGUUUCACGUAAUAUCAGAAAUGAAGGGUUGAUGAAUUUCAUAUCAUCUUGUGGGUUGAUGUACGAAAAACUGAAAACUCUGUUAACUGCAUAAUCAAAUUCUUUGAGUAAUGCAGUAGUAUGAAGAGAAAGUGUACAGUACUGUCAAUAUUUAAUCUAUGUGGAGCAUUUUUCAGUUACCUUUUUUUGAUGUUUUAUUUGGCCUACAAAUAAGUAUUCAUUAUUUGAAUUUAUAUUACGAAAAUGUACUUGUAAAUGUGUGCAUGUUAAUGUGCUUUAAUUCAGAUCUUGCUAUUAUGCAAUGGCAAGAAGUUGAAAUUAAACAUUUAUUUACUAUGAGUUUAUAGUUUUCUAUAUCUGAAUUUUGUUUCUAUCAAUUGGCAGAUAUUGGCAGUAGCGGCACUAAUGUACAAAGUUAUUGUGUCUUGGAUUGAACGUAUAAUAUUUCAUGUAUACAAAUUCA